GCUUAACGUCUUAGCCGAUAAGUCUCUCAUAUCUUUGAAAAAUGAACUCGUGAUUAUGCAUAAUCUGCUAGUCCAGCUUGGUAGGGAUAUUGUCCGCAAACAGUCCAGUGAGCCUGGACAACGCCAGUUUCUGGUCGAUAAAAGAGAGACUUGUGAAGUACUUUCUGAUGAUGCAGCGGGCAGUGGAAGUGUUAUUGGCGUAAUGUUUGAUGGACACGAAAUAAAUGUGAGUGAGAGAGCCUUUGAAGGAAUGUCUAAUCUCCAGUUCUUAAGAUUGGAAGUGGAACGUGCUGGUGGAGGAGAUGCAUUUCAUCUAUUUGGUGGACAAAGCAAUUUAUCUCGUAAACUUAGAUUACUAAAAUGGAGAUUUUUUCCGAUGACAUGUUUGAAUUGUAUUCCCAACCCAGAGCUCCUCGUGGAACUAUCCAUGCAUGGCAGCAAACUUGAGAAGUUGUGGGAAGGAACUAAAGUAAGUAACAUAAGAAUAUCAUUUUUUUUUAACCAAUUUGUUAUCACUAUUAUUGAUCAGAUUU